AGUCGCGUCGCCUGCGCAUCAUAUUGGAGCCCACCGCGAGGGGCCCAGUCCAGUGCUCCAGGCACUCAUUUAUCUAUUCACAAACUCAUCGACUCCGGCUUUCCUUCGCAUUCGCGUCCUUCGGCUUCAAAAGAUUGCCAUGCUACUCUACAGUCACCACCAUCAUACUCAAAUCUCGCCCCCGCUCACGCGCCCGUGCUCAGUCCCGCUCCGACCAUCGCUCAGCCUUCCCCUUCGCUUCCGUCCGAGAGUUCUCUGCACCAACCCGUGUUCUCGCCCAACAUCGAUCCACCGCACGUCACCUAUCCCAGUUCACAUGGCUCAUCUAUUCCACCAGCGCCUCCCGUUCCCGCUCCCGUCGCACGAGAAGCACAUGUCGGUCCACUCCCGCUCCCGAUGCCCGCUCGUCGAGACCGUAUCGCCCCAGUUUUCGAUUCGGCGCACCCCCGAGACCUUCCCAAAUUCUUUUCCGACCUCGAAUUCCUUCUUGCUCGUGCCAGCGUCAUUGAUGACCAGCAGAAAAAGCACCACGCUACGCGAUACCUCGAGCUCAACGACCAAGAACUUUGGGAGUUCCUGCCUGAGUUUGCCAACCCCGGUUCGUCAUAUGCCGAGUUUGUUGACGCCGUCUUCGCGUUGUAUCCCGAAGCCAACCCAGACCGCCGUUUCGCAAUUGCUGACCUUGAAGCUCUCGUCUCCGCGUUCGCAUCGAUCGAUACGCCAUCCCGAGCCACAUUCUGCGCGUUCUAUCGCGAUUUCUGGCGCGUCUCAUCCUUCCUGCGCUCCAAACGUCGUCUAGCCGAUUUUGAGCAGAGUCAAGCUCUCGUCAGAGCUAUUCCGCCCGCGCUUCGUCCCGCUGUCGGCCACGAACUCGAGCUGCGAUGUCCGGACGUCCAGAUCGACGACGCAUACCCGCUUGACGCCGUUCGUGCCGCCAUCGACCGUGUAUUGCUGCGAAACAAGGCAUCUUCGUCAUUAGCUGCAAAAGAAGAGUCAGUAUCGCCCAAAAUCGAGAAAAUGCCACACACCAACGUUCCCCGCUCGGCCAAUGACCCUUCCGCUUCACGUCUCGACUCGCCGCCUUCGCCUCAGCGCUUUCGUUCGAGCUGCUCGUACUGCAGCGAUCCCGCACAUUGGAUCCGCGACUGCCCCCGUCUCACGUUCGAUCUCGCGUCCGGCUUUUGCAAGCGCAACGCAGAAGGCAAGGUGGUCUUGCCUAACGGCCGUUUCGUCCCGCAUACUGUCGUUGGCCCAGAUCUGCGCUCCCGCAUCGAGUUAUGUCGCCCAAGUGUACCACCGCCGUUUGCUGCCCCGGUCGUCGUUCCAGCGCAAAGGCCUCCACGUGUAGAGCCGACCAGCCGCCCAGUCGCGUUGCCCAGCGUACUGAUACCGCUUACCGAGGCCCAGCGCAUCGAACAGAUCGAGUUCGAGCUUGCCGUCUUGCAUGGCCGUCGUACCCAGCUCCAACCAGUGCAUUCCAUCGACAUGCCGCCGCCGUCAUCGCCGUUGUCGUUGCCCAACCAGCGGCAGCGCAUCGAGAGGUCGUUCCUCAUCCCGCCUCAAGUUUCGCAGGAGUCGUCCGCGCCCAGCAGUCGUUUGUGA